AUGACUUUUGCCAGGGUUAUGGAUCAUCUAUUUUUUUUAGGUUUUCCAAGUUUUCUGCCAGUUUUCCACUUGUGGUCGAUUAUUUACAAGGUGUGUUUAUGCCAAACAGAGGAGACGGACUACUCUCUCGUCACCUUCGACUACAGCGGCUUUCCACAGCCUUGUGAGAAAGACCUCAACCAACAGUUCCGCCUGUGGUUCAUGUCUCCUUUCUUCACUGCCAUCAGCUGCACGGGACUGUUGGGGAACCUCCUGGUCAUCCUCACCUUCGUCCACUUUAACCGCCUCAAGACCAUGACGGACGUGUACCUGCUCAACUUGGCGUUUGCAGACCUGCUAUUCGCGCUGUUGCUUCCCUUCUGGGCAGCCAGCUACGUGGCCGAGUGGCCGUUGGGCGUCGCCAUGUGCAAGACGAUGCACACGGUUUCUAAGGUCACGUCUUACAGCAGCAUGUUCCUGCUCUGUCUGAUCAGCGUGGACCGCUACUUUGCCAUCGCCAAGGCUGUUUCCGCCCGCCGACUGCGCUCCCGGACUGUGUUCGUCAGCAAGGUGUCGUCCGUUAUAGUCUGGAUCACAGCUCUGAUCAGUUCCAUACCAGAAAUGAAAUACACAACAGUCACCAACAACAUCUGCACUCCUUUCACCAGUUUGUCCGACCCGUUUCGCGUUGGCAUCCAGACCAGCCAGAUUGUUCUCGCCUUUGCGCUUCCGUUGUUGGUCAUGAGCUUCUGUUACAGUAAAAUCGUGCAGACACUUUGUCAGACUCAAAACUUUGAGCGCAACAAGGCCGUCAAAGUGAUCCUCGUCGUCGUCGUGGUCUUCGUGGUCUGUCAGGUGCCGUACAACGUGGUCUUGUUCUGGGCUACCGUCUUCGCAGCCAACGGAGGAACUUCGGACUGUGCGUACGAGAACAAUCUCGUCUACGCGACUGACGUCACUCAGUGCGUGGCCUUCCUUCGCUGCGCCCUCAACCCUUUCGUGUACGCCUUUGUUGGUGUUAAAUUUCGCCAUGACCUCUUGAGGCUAAUGAGGAAAUUGGGUUGCGUGAGUCAGGAGAGGUUCCUCAGGUACACGUGUAGCAGGAGAAAUAUCCCUGGUUCCUUAGACACAGACACCACCACCACGUUCUCGCUAUAAGAAACUUAAACCAUAGACCACACAACUGCAAUACUUCCAUAUCCCAACUGAUCAGGGUUCGCUUUUUGUGUAAUCUUCCAUUACUUCUAGAGAUGUCCGAUAAUAUCGGCAGUCCGAUAUUAUCGGCCGAUAAAUGCUUUAAAAUGUAAUAUCGGAAAUUAUCGCUAUAAGAAACUUAAACUAUAGACCACACAAAUGCAAAACUUCCAUAUCCCAACUGAUCAGGGUUCGCUUUUUGUGUAAUCUUCCAUUACUUCUAGAGAUGUCCGAUAAUAUCGGACUGCCGAUAUUAUCGGUCGAUAAAUACUUUAAAAUAUAAUAUCGGAAAUUAUCGGUAUCGGUUUCAAAAUUAUCGGUAUCGGUUUCAAAAAGUAAAAUGUAUGACUUUUUAAAACGCCGCUGUGUACACGGGCGUAGGGAGAAGUACAGAGCGCCAAUAAACCUUAAAGGCACUGCCUUUGCGUGCCGGCUCAGUCACAUAAUUUCUACGGCUUUACACGCACACAAGUGAAUGCAAGACAAACUUGGUCAACAGCCAUACAGGUCAAACUGAGGGUGGCCGUAUAAACAACUUUAGCACUGUUACAAAUAUGCGCCACACUGUGAACCCACACCAAACAAUAAUGACAAACACAUUUCGGGAGAACAUCCGCACCGUAACACAACAGAACAAAUACCCAGAACCCCUUGCUACAAUAUACACCCCCCGCUAAACCCCCCACCCCCCCAAAUUCCAAGCUGCUGUUUUGAGGCAUUUAAAAAAAAAAAAAUGCACUUUGUGGCUUCAAUAAUAAAUAUGGCAUUUUUUUCCAUAACUUGAGUUGAUUUAUUUUGGAAAACCUUUGUUUAAUGCAUCCAGCGGGGCAUCACAACAAAAUUAGGCAUAAUAAUGUGUUAAUUCCACGACUGUAUAAAUCGGUAUCGGUUGAUAUCGGAAUCGGUAAUUAAGAGUUGGACAAUACCGGAAUAUCGGCAAAAAAGCCAUUAUCGGACAUCUCUAAUUACUUCCUUUUAUUUUGUUACAUUUGUGUCCUGUUUUGUGUUCCUUUACUCCUUGUUGAGGCUACAGGGUGCAGCUCUUACACCUGAUUUCCUGUGGUGCGUAAUCGGCGUGGAACGGCACCGCCAUCUGCCUUCCUUCAAUCCCCACCGCCGUUAUAUUGCGGCUCCGCCGUGCAGCGAAACAGCGCAGACUUUUACGAGAUCUCUCGAAUCCGCGCAUAAUCGUGUGAUAAAGUAAACAUGGAAGUAAACCCCGCAGAACGUCUCGAGCGUCGCCGUUUGUCCAUCAAUACCCACAUUGACUUGAUUCAUGAAAAAGACGACAGUUUCUCCUCGCAGAACGACAACUUUAUUUUUUUUUGUAGUGAAGCGUAUUUGCGGUCUUGUCAUCCUCGUCCGGACAGAAGAAUGACACGGCAGUGCGGCUGGAUCAAAAGUUGCUUUAUUACAAGCGAGCAUAAUUUUUCAGCGCCUGGAGAACGAAGUCAAAAAGAUAUCUCUCCUAACUUGGAGAAGCCGAAACAUCAGUUUUAUAUUUCUCCUUCCUGUCUCUCUGUGUGUGUGCUAAGUCAGGAGAGCACAUCCUGACCAUAAAAGGAGAUGUUUGUUUGUAAGUGUCUGGAAAACAACUGCUUUAAGUCAUAUAACGUUGAGCUAGACAGGUAGUCUCUUCUCAAGGAUAGGGCUAUCACUUUUGCAUUCCGAAGACCCAAUUAGAGCCUCUUUUCCUACGAGAAGUGAUCCAAUCCACCUUCGAAUAUCAAACUAAGGGGCCUUAUCUUAUUAUGUGCUCAAACUGAAAUAGCACUAUUUACUUAAACUUGGUGGUUCGCCUUCGCCCAGUUGGAUGUAAAUCAUCACCAUAAGCAAAACAUGAUAUAAGUUAAUUAAUUCACUUCAGUAGCAAGCAACAACACAAAAGUAACAUCAUCCACGGCGGGCGUUGUAGGCACACACAACUCCAACAAACCACGCCCCUGCUUCCCCGGCCCCCGUAUCAGCUGGCAUUUGACACAGGACCCUAUAUGCGCACAUAGCUGCCCGGGAUAUGCCUGUAUGUUAUUCCUAAA